AUUGUGAUUUGACAAUCCACUCGUGCAGCGCCGCAUCGCAAUAUUUACGUAAAAAUCUAACACCAAUUGCGGCAUUUAAUAUUACCGCACAAUUCAUUUUAAACAAUUUAUGAAAUAAGUGAAACAUUAAAAUGAAUCAAGCCGACGUUAGUAAGCUGAUGUCGCAAUUGCGUAUCGCUGUUAAACCACAUCGUAACCUACGUAAUCCAGAUGGUCCUGAGGGUCGUUUAUUGAAACUACGCAAAACUGUGACGGCGCUAGUGAAGCAUGAGCGCAUAGAGUUAUACUACAACAGAGCUGAUGAAGCGCGCGGCUAUGCAGAAUUGUUAAUUUCCAAUGCGAUACGUUAUGGCGAUCGUCAUAAAGCUACAAUGGAGUUGGCGGAUUAUUGGUUGCUCGAAAAACAAUUGGUGCAUAAACUUUUCAAAGUGCUAGUGCCACGUUUGGAAAACUGUAAUUUUUCAUAUACCCGCAUGUACAAAGCACCGCGUGAUUACCCUGGCAUGUAUUAUAGAAAAUCGGUGCUGGAGUUGCGUGGCAAUCCAUAUCCAUCGUUAUUGCCUGAUUAUACAAACAAUCGUAAUUUAAUACAUAAUGUUUUAUUGGAUGAAGCACGAAAAGAUUAUAGACGUGAAAAGCUAGCAGAGCUAGCCGAUAAAAUAGCUUCAGAAUCGGCGGUGAAUGCUGAGAAAGUAGGGAGUGAAGGUGAUGCCAAAGAAGCAGAAAAUGUAGAGAAAGCAUAAAAAUUGUGCUUUUUACCUAAUAUAAUUGUUAAAUUAAUACAAGUAAUUUAAUAUUAAACAAAGCA